AUGCCCGUUGACAAGCAGAGAGCACUCCUCUUUGGAGGUGCUGCUGCACUGCGGCUACUGCUCUUCACCGUCUUUCCCAGUCUCCCCAAUCUCCUUGCUGGCCGUGUCGAGGUGUCCACUCCAGUCACGAGCUUCAAGAGGUUACAAGAAGGACUCUUUCUCUAUACACACAAUGUCUCACCCUACGAUGGCGGCCUCUACCACCAGGCGCCCCUCCUUCUGCCGCUCUUCUCGCUACUGCCGAACCCCUCGCGCUAUCCGAUUGCUACAAAUGUCGUCUUUAUUAUCGUCGAUCUCCUGAGUGCGUAUGCAUUAGCUCAAGUCGCCCACAGUGGGACAGCUACAGUCUCACGGCUGUUCUCGUCCUCGCGCAAGGACCUACGAUGGAGCAGCACAGCCAUUGCAGCAGGUUUCCUCUACAAUCCAUUCACUGUUCUGACGUGUCUCGCACGCUCGACCUCGGCCCUUACCAACAUGUUCAUCCUGGCAGCCAUGGCUAAGGCCUCCCAAGGAGCCAGCAUCACCUUCAUUUUGGCUCUCUCCUUUGCCGCAUAUCUGGGCAUGCAUCCUUUACUCCUUUUCCCGCCGCUUCUCGUCCUCCUCUACGAUGCUCGCGCAGCAAAGACAAAGUCCACGCCCAACGCCUGGUCCUUCACAGCUCUACACACACUGGCUCUUGCUGCUGCGAGCGGCGCUCUCCUCGCUGCCUCUGCCCUUUUGACUGGCUCUUGGGAUUUCCUGGCGGCAACAUAUGGCGUGCGUCUCCUGCUGUCAGACCUCACACCAAACGUUGGCCUUUGGUGGUAUUUCUUCAUUGAAAUGUUCGACUCCUUCCGCGAGUUCUUUCUCGGCGUUUUCUGGCUGCACGCAGCAUCCUACAUGCCUGGUCUUACCAUUCGACUGCACAAGCAACCACUUUUUGUUGCAUGUACCUUGACUGGAAUUCUCGCAGUCUUCACGCCAUACCCAAGCAUUGCAGACGCGGCGUUGUACUUGUCCUUGGUGCCUUUGUUUCGCCAUCUGUUCCCUCUAAUGCGCUAUACCUUCCUAGCAUCAGCGGCUGUGUUGUAUGCAUCGUUCCUGGGACCGGCGUUCUACCAUCUUUGGAUCUAUGCCGGCUCUGGCAAUGCCAACUUUUUCUACGCCAUCACCCUAGUUUGGAGUCUCGGUCUUUCGGUCAUCAUUGGUGACUCACUAUUUGCUGCAUUACGGGACGAACUGGACGUAGAGAGACCUGAACUCAAGGGCAAGGAGGUCCGACGGAUAUAG